CGACAGAGACCAGCCGUAUAGGACCUCCGACGCGCGCGCGCCGCCGUGGCGCGUAUUUUGUGUGAUGGGCGGAGGAGGCUCGUCCUCCGGGAACGGGCGACGGCGCACCACGCGGACGUCCGGCGAGCCCACCUCAGGCCGAGCCGUGGCGGCAGCGGCCAAAAAGCUGCGUGACUUGCAGCGGCGGCUGAAGUUCCGAGGGUGCCUCGCACCCUCCGUCUUUGAGGCGCCGUUCGAGGAGGCGGCGGUGGAGUCGCUCUACCGUGACCUCGCCGCGCGGUUCCGGCUCGCCAGGCAGACGCUGCUGGCGGUGUGGCUUGCGGCGGUGACGGCCGCCUCGGCGGGACUCUUUGUCGGCGGCGCGGCGCUGGGCAGCAGCGCGCAGCACGGGCUGCUCUGGGGGGCGGUGGGAGCGAGCGGCGUGCUGCUCUUCGCGCUGUGGACUUGCGUCGAGGCGGACAGACUCGCGCGGCGGCUGCUCUGGAGCGGGACACAGGCGUGCGUCGGCGACGCCAGAGAGCACGAGGCCCUCGCGGCGCAGGUGGCGCAGCUGCGCGCGCAGCUCGGCGCCGCGAAGUACGAAGAGGCGACUAUGUACAAGCUGCUGUUCCGCGGCCAGACGCGCCUCGCCUCAUUUUCCAGCGGCACCUCGGGGCCGCGCGAGUUUCUUCUCGCAGCGCCAGAGGCGCGCUCGAUCACGAGCGCAGUGGAGGGGGAGCCGAACCUCGCCAUCGCCCUCGCGCUGUCGGGUCGAACCACCGACUGGGACGCCGUCAAGCGAGCCGCCACCCGGCUCCGCCACCGCGACUACGGCUUGCGCGACUACUACGUCGACGUGCGGCAGGCCUUCCCCGAGCUGCAGCUGUACACGGUGACGCGCGAGGAGUACAAGGCGGGCCACCGCGACAUCUCCUCGGGUCUCACUCCAGACGAGGAGUACCGCCGCACUCUGGGCGCGCUGUUUGCGCUCUACUGGCUGGCGCGCGUGGGCAUCGACGGCGAGUGCGGUCUCUCCUUCGGCGUGGACGACGAUUGGGCGCCGCGCAAGAUUCCGGAGCAGGAGGAUCUCGACGGCUCCGCUGCGCUGAAGAAGCGGCUAACCUUCUACUGCAACACGCCGUGGAAGAAGCUGCUGCAGCUUCUCGUCGACGCGGGCAUGCUCACGGAGCGCGGCGGGCGCGGCGGUGCGGUCGAGGUUGCCGUGCCGCGCAUGUGUGCGAUGCUCGCGCUGACGGCGAUCCACGACGUCUUCAAGGUUGAGGCGCUGCUCCCGCGCGUACGACCGGAGCACGCGCCGUUCAAGGGCUUCGCGGCGGGGGACGUCAUCAACGACCACGACGUUGCGAUGUACUAUGUGCUCGACCACUUCCCAGAGGCGCUGCCCUCGUUUGCCGGGCUCGACGCGACGCAGCGCCACUCGGUGCUCUUCACACAGUCGAAGAUGUCCUUCAACCACGGCUGGCUGGUGCAAGCCGAGGCGCCGCCGCACGCGCUCUUCGCGCGCUUCAAGCGCGUCAUCAUGGCGGGCGAGGCCAACCCGCCCGACGUCUCGUUUUACUUUGUGCACUGGCUCACCGACCUGGCCGGCGCCGUGCCAAACCCGCUCGACGGAUCGGAGCGCCUCGUGCUCGGCUUCCCGUACCAGGUGCUGGGCUCGUUCAUCACCUCCUUCUCCGUCCUCUCCGCCCUCGCCACGCAGACCGAGACGGAGGUCUUCGAGACCUACCUUGAGUCGUACUGGCGCGACGCCGCGCCGCGGCUGCGGCUCGGCGCGCCCCCGUCAGGGGAGCACGCCAUCGCGAUGAUGAGGCUGCUGUGCCAGGCACAGAGCACCGAGGCGCAGGAGUCUGUUCUCGCCGCGUGGGAGAAGCUCUCGGCCGACGACGAGAAGGUGCUCUGCGACGAGAUGAGCCGCACCGGCAUCGCGGACCAGCACUUCCGCGCCUCGGCGCAGAAGCGGCCAGGCGGCCCCGCGAUCCUCGUCUACUAUUCGCCGCAGCUGGUCCGCUCCCUGACGCCAGACUCGGCGAGCCAAGCGCUCGCCAUCCUCGCCGAGGUGUACCGCCGCUCGCGCAAGCUGUGGCCGCUGACUCCGCUCGAGCGGCUCGACGACGAUGCGCGCACCGUCACCGUCCGCAUCGACCAAAUCAAGGAGCUCAAGCUCGAGGACAUCCGCGCCGUGUACAGCGACGGCAACUCGUGGCUGCUCUACAAGCGAAACGAGCGCGAGGCGGUCGUCGAGUGCCACCCGAUCGACUACCUCGCGGAGCUGCACACCAACGGCCACCAGGCCGCCGUCCUCAAGCUGUGGAGGAAGCGGACCGGCGUGGCGAUCGGCGGGCCCGACUCGGCCCAGACGUCGCGCCGCACCUCGGCCAGCGCCACACUCUCGCGCGGCUCGCUCUCGCUGGCGGGCCACUCUCCCGACCCGUCGUGGAGCCGGCUGCCGACGGGCGUGGCACGGGAGGGGGGGGAGGCGGCGGCAGAGCCGGCGGAGGCGGCGGCGGAGGCGGAGGCGGCGGCGGCGGCGGCGGUGGUGUCCGGGGCGGCGGCGGCGGCGCAGGGGGCGCACGGGGCAGCGGCGGGGCCGUCUUCGGCGAGCAGAGCCCGGCGCAGCGAGGCCCGCGACGGCGGGCAGGCCGCCCCUUCACACCCUGCGGCUGUGAACAGGCGAGCAGCCCGGCCAGCGACGGCGUGCGGAGCGACGGGACGGGUGGCAGUAGUCGGACGGCGGGCAGCAGUCCCGCGGCGGGCAGUCCGGCGGGCGACGGGGGUAGCCCGCCCGACAGUAGCCCGCCCGAGGCGGGAAGGGGUAGCAGCGAGGCUUGCGACGGGGCCGAGGACGGGCUUUUGGGCUGAUCUCGGCCACUCACGUCGCCCAAACUUUACGCACAUCCCCGCGGCGAUUAGAUGAUAGCG